AAGAAAAGCAACUUCAGUUGAAACCAAGAAAUCACUGGAUUUGUUAUUAAGUAUAAUCAGCUUCUAUGAGUCUUCAAAGUGCAGGAAAGGUUGAAAUCGAAAUUCAGGAAACACAAGAUGAAAUAGAACAUGGAAAAGAGAACGUCAAAGAGUUGCAAGAUAUGGCAAAUACAUUGGAAAAUCUUUCUGAUAGUAUAGGAAAAAGAGGAAUUCCUAGAAACAGACCUUCUGACAUGAAGGGAAGUACUACGAGAAAAGCAUCAUCUGGACAGAUGAUAGCGGCUAUGCAGAAUGAAAUUGAUCACUUAAAGGUACAGACGGAUGAAGUGAAAUCACAACUGAAUGUUCAAAAACGAAGAAAGAAGGAACUGGAGUCCAAGAAGCUGAAUUUAUUGAACUUGCUAGAAUCACUAAAGAUGCAAGAAACAUCGGUCGCCAGUAUGGUGAAUCGAAAGCAGCGUACGAUGAAAGAAGAUCAAAAGAUGCACAGAGAUUUUGAACUACAGAUCUCGAAACUGCACGAGGAGAAAGAAGUUUUGAAAGAGGAGAUUCAAACACUUCAAAACCAGAUGAAGGCAGCUCAGGGGGAAACCGAAACUUAUAAAAGCUUACAGAAAGAUUUGGAGGAUAAUUAUGACAAAAUCGCUUCAGAGAAUUUGAAGAAGGAUCCGCUGGUUGGUGAAAAAGUGAAUGAGCUAAAUGAAACGUUACAAGGAGUGGAAGCAACUGUUUUAAGGCAAUUGGAAGAAACCAAGCAAGUAGAAAAGCCAUUGAGAGAUUCCAUGACAAAUAGCAGUGGUGAAAAGGAAAAGAUAGCACAUUCGUUGGAAAAAGCAAAAAAUGACGCCCAUGUUUAUUCAGGCUUUAUUGAAAACUAUCUUGGCCAGUUAUGUUCCAACUUGGACGUUCAGUUGGAUCGCAUAGAAAGCACCCAUAACCAGUUGAGCGAAAUGCAACAGAGCCUUGAGAUGGACGAUGAAGAGUUUGCAAAUUUGAACUCAAGUCUUGUAACAGACACGACCGGUAUGGAUUCUAUCUCUGAAUCAAACUAUGAUCAGUCUUUCUCUAUCACGGAGUCAUAAAAGAAAUGUACAUGUUUCUGGGAAAGAAUUGUGAAAGGUGUGUGCUUAAACGAUCUUUUUAUGACUCUAUACUUUAUUUCUACAAAAAAUUUCCUUCUUUUUCUCUGUAUAUUAAUUGAUUAUAAUGAAUACCCACUAAACGCUUUUGAUUAUACAAUUAUUUUACCUGAAAUAUUGCAUCGUAACUCGAAGACAACAUCAAAGUUAAAUUUAUAUAAAAUUUUCUUGACAAUUUCAGCAGCGUAUUUUAU